AGCAGGCCCUGCGGCGGCGCUCCCCGGCGCCGCUUCUCCCCGGCGGCGGGGCUGCCGUUAGAGCCCCCCAACCGCCGCGCGCCCCGCCGGCCUUCUAGAAAAUGCGCCCGGGGGGGCCCGGCGGGGAGCCCUGCCCCAGGAGGACACCCGGAGGGCUCCCAUAGAGAUUUUCAACUGAAUUCUCACCUAUCAACACUGGCAAAUAUUCACAAGAUUUACCACACCCUCAAUAGGCUGAAUCUGACAGAGGACGUUGGUCAAGACGAUCACCAGACAGGAGAGAGACUUUCAAAGAUACGAAGAAUAGGAAGUCUCCGGUCUUGCAGUUCAUCAGACUGCUUUAGUAAAGUGAUGCCUCCAAGGAAAAAGAGGAGACCUGCAGCAGGAGAUGAUUUAUCUGCUAAGAAAAGUAGACAUGAUGGUAUGUAUAGAAAAUAUGAUUCGACUAGAAUAAAAGCAGAAGAAGAAGUCUUUUCAAGUAAGAGAUGCUUAGAAUGGUUCUAUGAAUAUGCAGGCACUGAUGACAUUGUAGGGCCUGACGGUAUGGAGAAAUUUUGUGAAGACAUUGGAGUAGAACCAGAAAAUGUAGUUAUGCUUGUAUUAGCCUGGAAGCUGGAUGCACAAAACAUGGGCUACUUUACAUUACAAGAAUGGUUGAAAGGAAUGACAUCGCUACAAUGUGAUACUACAGAAAAAUUGAGAAAUUCUCUGGAUUACUUGAGAUCUUUAUUAAAUGAGCCUACCAAUUUUAAACUUAUUUAUAGAUAUGCAUUUGACUUUGCACGGGAAAAGGACCAGCGCAGCCUAGACAUAAACACUGCCAAGUGUAUGUUGGGCCUUCUUUUAGGAAAAACGUGGUCUCUUUUUCCAGUAUUUCACCAGUUUCUAGAGCAGCAAUCAAAAUACAAAGUUAUCAAUAAGGACCAAUGGUGUAAUGUUCUUGAAUUCAGCAGAACAAUUAACCUUGACCUCAGUAAUUAUGAUGAAGAUGGAGCCUGGCCAGUAUUGUUGGAUGAGUUUGUGGAAUGGUAUAAAGGAAAACAGAUGACAUAGGAGUUUAACUAUGCACAGCCACUCAAGAGUCACUGUUACCACAGUUAAUGUCAACCAUUAGCCAUAAACUGCUAUUUGUAUCAAAGUGCAUGCUGCUUUUCUUGCACUGUGUCCCUUUUGCAGGGAACUUUUGAUGUUUGCUAUUUAACAAGCUAGCUCUGCUUGCUGUGUAGCAUUGUUCUCUUUGAAGGCUGCUUUGCAUUUUGUAUUUACACUACAGAUUGGUGAACUUGCCAGCGUCUUCACUGUGAUUAUGUGUAUAUUGCUGUCUAAAUUUUGUAUAUGUGUAUAAAAAAAAAAGCUUCAACUAGGGAUUAUUUCUGCAGAAACGUAUUGUAAAAAUAAUUUUGUGGCAUAUUUCUAGUCAUCACUUACAUGUUGAAACUUUAGUUCUUUUGCUUUUCUUUUGGUCUCAAAUGUAGCAUUUCAGAAAAUGAAAUGAACAGACUGCUUGGACAUAGUUACGCUGAAGAACUAUUGUCGAUUUCAAUGUUACUGUUUGAGAUGCCAUUUUCUGAGGGGAGAAGACAUGCUGUGACUUUCUUCACGGGAAUUCGCCAAACAUAACCUAUUGCUUAAUAGGAAUGAAACGUUGGUGUCUUAAAAAAAAAUAAUCAUAUAUAUAUAUAUAAAUAUUAAAACACUGUAAUAGUUGUAUAUGCCACAGAUGAUUUCCAUUUGAAGAAAAAAGUGACUUUUUAAUGUUAAAACUGCAGUAGUCAUUACAGGUACAAAUGAACAAAUUAAAGUACCUUUUAAAAAUGGGUUUUAGACUUUUGUAAAUUGCCUUUGGCAUACUCCUUUUAAUUUUUGGUGUACCAAGAGUGUUUGGACUAUGUUGCAAUACAGUGAAAUUUUAAAGUUCUAGGUAAAAUUAGUGGUCUGGGGAAUAGUCUGCUCACCCCUAGCACAUAGGUAGUGCAGAUUUCUUUCUUUUUUUUUUUUUUUUUUAUUUGUAAUAUAAGUCUUUUCCAUAGUCUCUAACUUUUGUGUUUCCGAGUAAUUAAACCUAUUAGAUUAAGUAGUUAAAACAUUGCUUUUUCUUUCACGCUGGGGAUUGAAAUUUCCUAGCAGGAUGUCCAUUGCAGGCAAUGGCCAUGUUAAACACCAGCAUUGCACGACAGUACUUUUUUCUUAGGGACCACAUACAUCCUAUUUUACUAAUUUCCUUAUUUGCAUAGGAGAGUUCUUGUGGUAACUCUGGGGAAGAUGAGUGAGAGGAAUGAUGUUUAAUUUCUGUUUUUUUGUUUUUUGUUUGUUUUUUUUUUCUCACACAGUCUUUGCCUUACCCUUCUUCAUUAAAAAAUGUUAGUGUUGAUUUUUAUAAAUAGGUUCUUUAAUUAUCUGGUGCUACUAAACAUAGAGUCCUAAGGAUAUAGUGAAAUGUUCCAUACUCAUUCAUGGAACAUUUAACAAAAAAGGGCCAGUGGAUGUUUUGGAACAAAGAAUAACAUUACUUUUCUGUAGAAAUAUUUGACAAGGUACUGGCGGUUUUGACAUUUCUUCAGAAUGCAAACUGGGGUGUUGGGGGGGGGGGGGCGAGAUGAGUCUUAGGUUGAAUGUGAAAUAUGUGAAAUUUUCAGCUGUAUUGAAGAUCCUAUUAUAACCGAGUUUGGGAACAACUGUUAUUAACUUGACUACUUUCGGGACAAGGUCUAGUUUAGGAAAUGCGCAUUUGUCUGCUGUCCUGCACUGGGAGGUUGCACCUGUGCUAUGGGUGGUCUGAUUCUGUUCAAAUCUGUUUUGUUGUUGAUGGUUUUUGUUUGUCAGAACAAGCUGCCAAAGACAAAAAUUGUUUGUGUGUGUUUGUGUAUAUUUGUAUAUACAUAAAUAUACAGUCUGUAUACAUAUACAAACCCCAGAAUUUCAAGAUGCUGAUGAGAAAAUACUACUCUUCCUCAUGAAAAAUUCAUGUCCGGAUUUCCAUGACACUAAAUAAAUAGCAUUCUUUAAAGUUAGUAGUGGUAAAACA